CCGGUCCCCCCCGAGGGCGCCGCCGGGCCGAGCGAGCCGCCGGGGGAGGUGGCCCCGCGGCGCAGGGGCGCGGACGAGCUGCCGCCGCUGCCCCUGCCGCCCGCCGGCCAGGAGGUGUGCGCGGCGGCCGGCGACUCCGCGGAAGGUCCGAGGCGCCUCCCGGAGUCUGCGGACCCCGAGGCGGCGGCGAAGGGCGGCCCCGGGGAGCCCGAGGCCAGCGCCGGCGGGGAGGGCGAGCGGCGGGGCGCCGGCGACCAGCCCGAGACGCGCUCGGUGUGCAGCAGCCGCAGCAGCAGCAGCGCCGGCGGCGACCAGCGCGCUGGGCACCAGCACCAGCACCACCAGGCCAUCUGCAAGAUCUGCUUCCAGGGCGCGGAGCAGGGUGAGCUGUUAAAUCCCUGCCGAUGUGAUGGGUCAGUCCGUUAUACACAUCAGCUGUGCCUGCUAAAGUGGAUCAGUGAGAGAGGUUCCUGGACCUGUGAACUCUGUUGUUAUAGAUACCAUGUCAUAGCCAUUAAAAUGAAACAACCGUGCCAGUGGCAAAGCAUUUCUAUAACACUGGUUGAGAAAGUUCAGAUGAUUGCUGUAAUCCUAGGAUCCCUGUUCUUGAUAGCGAGUGUGACUUGGCUCCUCUGGUCAGCCUUCAGCCCCUAUGCAGUGUGGCAGAGGAAGGACAUCCUUUUUCAAAUCUGCUAUGGAAUGUAUGGUUUUAUGGAUCUAGUGUGCAUAGGUCUCAUUGUCCAUGAAGGAGCUGCAGUUUACAGGGUUUUUAAGCGCUGGCGAGCUGUUAAUUUGCACUGGGAUGUAUUAAACUAUGACAAAGCCACAGACAUCGAAGAAAGCAGCCGGGGAGAGUCUUCCACAAGUAGGACUUUGUGGUUGCCAUUGACAGCUCUGCGGAACAGAAACUUGGUCCACCCGACCCAGUUAACCUCGCCCCGGUUUCAGUGUGGAUACGUGUUAUUGCAUCUGUUCAAUCGGAUGAGGCCCCAUGAAGAUCUGUCAGACGAUAACAGCUCGGGAGAGGUUGUGAUGAGAGUGACUUCAGUGUGAUAAAAGCAUAAGAUGAUCCCGUGUGGACCACCCCGCACCUUUCGGAAUGUAGUUGCAAUGAAUGGUGAAACCACAGCACUUCUAAAAACAAACAUCUAUGAACUUUUU